AUGACUGAACUCCCACGCCGACCAAGGUUGUCGCCACAAUUGUGCUUCUCGUCGGGGGCUCUUCGUGAUUUUCUUCGUUUCUCUAGAUCGGCUGUCGACGAUACUAUAACGGAGAACCUCAAUGCGUUGGUCACGCCUUCACAUACCGGAUUCGACCCCAGUUCAACGUCUCAGAGGACCCCUGCUUCCGGCUCACGACCCAUAGACCCUAAGGCUUGCAAAUCAUUCAAGACGAUGGUUCUCUUUCCAGCCUGGCAGGCCAGAACCGAGAUGUUGAAUUACUGCGCUCUUGUUGCAGCCAGCCCCGACCCGAAUGACCCAGAGGCAAUCCUCCGUGACGUGGAAGAGCAGAAGGAUCGCGAAAGAAUCGUGGAUGAGCGACUAGAUCCAUAUUCAGGACGACUAUUUCCCCGUGAAUCUCGAACCCAGAUUCUGGCAAGCCUCAUCCGCCAAGAACGUGGCGUCGAAGAAAUAAUUCGCAAUCGUACUUGGAGUGUUGUUCAGGAGCGAUGUAAUUACUCUUGUCACAACACGUGGAAAGAGGAUAUGUGGACAUAUGGGUUUGAUGAUAGUUCUACGAGUAAUUCAUCCGGCCGCUAG